AGAGGCUAUUUUAACAAACCAUUCACAGGGCAGGAGCUCAUAGAAAAAGAAAGGGAGCCACGGGACGGAACCACUAGCUUCAGGCUUCCUAAACUGCACACUUAAAGACAACUUUAAGUUUUACAAGCAUUUCCACCAUGUCUGAAGGGUAAGACCAAAAAUCUAAAAUACCAGCUUCUAGAAAGCUUCUUUUAAAGACUCUUAUGCUCGCAAAAGCAAGUGAAGAUCUGGAACAGGAGAAGAAAGAAGCCGAGGAAGAGAAAAUUAGAACUCUUUCACAAAAUGUUCCUCCUUUGCAGUUCAGUGGCCUUUCCCUAAAGGAGAUGCAGGAAUUAUGCACAAAACUUCAUAAGCAAAUUGAUAUCGUAGACGAAGAACGUUAUAAUAUUGAAGUCAAAGUGAAAAAGAAUGAUCUAGAGAUCGAAAGCUUAAAUCAGAAGAUUUUUGACCUCAAAGGAAAGUUCAAACGCCCCACUUUACGCAGAGUCCGUAUUUCGGCGGACGCCAUGCUUAAAGCUCUGCUGGGGUCCACCCACAAGGUUUCUAUGGACUUUAAAGCCAACCUGAAAUCAGUGAAAAAGGAAGAUGAAAAGGAAAAAGCUGUUGAGGUCACUGACUGGCGUAAGAACAUCGAAGCCAUGUCUGGUAUGGAGGGCAGGAAGAAGAAGUUUGACACCAGUAACGUAUAAUCAGGUCGGAAGAAAAAAGAAGUUCAAGUUUUUGAAGAUUUGUCAUAUGCUACAAUAUACACUGAUUUGUUAGACUCUAAAUUUAAGUCCCAAAAUGCUCGAAAGUCCUCCAGUUUGAAUAAUAAAAAUGUGUUUAUAUGUGUUUCGAUAUCUGCUUAAUUAAUUUUUAAUUACACCC